AUGUCAGAGCCAGUGCGGAGUACGGAGGGGCCGCUGCCCCUCAGCCACCUGGCCGAGCCGCUGCUCCGGAGGCUCAGCGAGCUGCUGGACCGGGCAGCACCCGGAAAGGGCUGGCGGGACCUGGCACAGCGAGCGGGGAGCCGCGGCAGGGUCCGGCUGAGCCCUCUGGAUUUAGAGCAGUGCUCCCUCAAAGCGCUGGAGCCUAAAGGAAGUCCCAGCUGGAGCCUCCUGAAGCUGCUGGGAGAUCGGGGUUGCACUGUGGUGGAGCUUGUGGAGUUCUUGCAGGCCCUGGAGCACACAGAAGCUCUCCAGUGCCUUAGCUAUCCAGGUAUAGAGGUUGUUGUCCAGCCAGACUCUCAAGCAGUGCUCUCUGGACAGGUUGUGAAGCUGUGUUGCUGGGCAGCAGGACACCCAUUUGUGCAUUACCAGUGGUUCAAGGAGGAUAAAGAGGUUCCCCAUGGCAAUUCUCCGGAGCUGGUUCUGAGUCCAGUGGCCCUCCGUGAUUCCGGCUUCUACAUCUGCCGAGUCAGCAGGGGCUCCUCCUUUGCCUUCAGUCGCUGGGCACGGCUUGAUGUGUGUGAUGCCCAGGGUGCACCUCAUGGAAGCUCAAUGGCUUUGCCUGAAAACAAGCUGCAGAUUUGUAUUCAGCCUCGGCCACAAACCUUGACAGUGGGGGAUGCUCUGGUACUAGAAUGUGGAGCUGUUGCAAACCCAAUUCCUCAUUACCAGUGGUUCAGAAAUGGAUUUGCUUUGGAAAAUGGGAGCAAAAAUAUCUACACGGUAACAUCUGCUGAUGUGGAACAUCAGGGGACAUACUGGUGUCACGUAUUCAAUGAGCGGGAGGAGCAGGACAGCCAGAAGAUAGAAGUCAUUAUAGGAAGGAAAGCUGUGGCAGUGGAAUGUGCAGAAGAUGAUCUAAGCGACCUUCAAGAUCCAGCAGACCUGCAAGAAGAAUCAAAUCACAGACCUGUAGCCACAGACAAGGUAGCUCUGUUAAUAGGAAAUAUGAGCUACUGGAAUCACCCCCAACUGAAGGCUCCAAUGGUGGAUGUCUAUGAACUGACCAACCUGCUAAGGCAGCUGGAUUUCAAAGUUGUCUCUUUGCUGGACCUCACUGAGUCUGAGAUGCGAAAUGCAGUGAGUGAAUUUUUACUUCUGCUGGACAAAGGAGUAUAUGGUUUGCUGUACUAUGCUGGCCACGGCUAUGAGAACUAUGGGAACAGUUUCAUGGUUCCUAUUGAUGCUCCAAACCCCUACCGAUCUGCCAACUGCCUGUGUGUGCAGAACAUCCUCAGACAGAUGCAGGAGAAAGAGACAGGACUGAAUGUUUUCCUCCUGGAUAUGUGUCGGAAAAGAAAUGAAUAUGAUGACACAGUUCUUAUCUCGGAUGCACUGAAGGUUACGGCCAACAUCGUUUUUGGAUAUGCAACGUGCCAAGGAGCAGAAGCUUUUGAGAUUCAGCAGUCAGGGUUGGCCAAUGGAAUCUUCAUGAAGUUCUUGAAGGACCGUCUGUUAGAAGACAAGAAGAUUACAGUGCUCCUUGACGAGGUUGCAGAAGAUAUGGGCAAGUGUCACUUUACUGAAGGCAAGCAAGCUUUGGAGAUCCGCAGCAGUUUAUCUGAGAAAAGGGCUUUAACUGAUCCCAUUCAGCAGGCCAUGUCUUCUGCAGGGUCUCUGGCACGGAACCUACAGUGGGCCAAAGCUCAUGAGCUCCCAGAGAGCAAGUACCUGGAGUUCAGGUGUGGUGUUCAGAUUCAGCUGGGCUUUGCAGCUGAGUUUUCCAACAUCAUGGUCAUCUACAUGCGAAUAGUAAAGAAGCCACCCGAAAUAGGAGUUUGCAGAGCCUACAUCACAGACUUUGCCCUUGACUUGGAUGUGGAUUCUAAAGAGGCCAAUAAGGGAACUCCUGAGGAAACAGGAAGCUAUUUGUUAUCGAAAGACCUCCCCAAGCACUGCCUCUACACCAGGCUGAGCUCACUGCAAAAGCUGAAGGAACACUUGAUCUUCACUGUUUGCUUGCACUAUGAGUAUUCAGGAAUAGAAGAUAUGAUGGAUGAAAGAAGGGAGGUUAAUGUUGGGAAGCCCCUUAUUGCUAAAUUAGGCCUUCAUCACGGAUUCAAACCCAAUAACUGUCUUCAGAGCUGCUGCACGGCUGAUAAUCCUUGUCCUAAUCAAAUGGAAACAAGUUCAGUGACAAAUAAAUACUGCAUCCUUAGUCACUGCCAACCGACCUUCUGCCCAGGUUUUUACCAUCCGCACUCCAUUUGUUCCGCCAGCAUUAGACAACCAGAGGCAUGUUCUUGCAACGGGACUUCAAAGAUAUUAGCUUCCAGACAUGAAGUAAAGAAUUACUCUCCACCUGUGGAAGAGAGUAACGUACCAGUAGAGACCACUGAUGACACUGCCGAACUGGAAUUCCUUCUUUCUGACCACCUCAGAUUCUCCAAACAGCAGCAGCUGUGACAUGUUCAGAACAGACACUGAGUGUCACCCUCAAGCAUGGGACUUUCCACACUGCUUAUCCAACUUCUGGAGUUUGGGGCUUCAGGACAGAGGGACUGGAGAGUCUAGAGGUGGUACUGGGAGUGAGGUGGUGACGAAAAUUCUUUGGAUCCAAAGAGAUAAAACUGCACCGGACUGAUACAUUUAGGACUGAAAAAGGCAUGAUUUCUAUUUUGUUCCACCAGUUGACUUUGAUACAGGGAAGAGUCUGAACUCCUCAGGGCUCCCUGUUCCAUUCUCUGGCAACCAGGCAGAGGCAGCAGAAGCUGUCUAUCUCUGUUAGGAGAUGAAUGCAUAAAAACCUGUCUGUGAUGUCAGGAGUUUCUCUUGAGAUAGUAAAGCCCUGGAUCAUCUCAGCUGCUUCUCAGUACCUACUGAGUUACGUUUUCUGUAAAUGUGUAUUUUGUAAAUCUUCUCUUUUCAGAGAGAAAUUGCUCAUCCUAUACAAAACCCGUACAAAGCACUGCUGACAGAAUUAAACAGGAAAAUUAACUUCCAUAUCCUCUGUAACUUAACAUGAUCCAAAAAAAAUCCAUUAGCCCCAAAAUGAUAAGUAGACCUUUCCCUCCCCUUUAUUCAGGAGAACUACAGAUCGUCAGAGGGAGCAGAGUCACCAGUUCUUAUGACAGGCUUUCUCUUCAGUAGCACACUUGAGUUUUGCUGGUCUGAUUUCUGGAGAGGUGAUUUUUUUGUGUUCUGGAAGAGGCGGGGAAAGUGCCUGUUGAUGGCAAGCAAAGUAUGAUCUGUUAGUGAUGCUGUAAGACAUGCUGAAGGCU